CAAAAUAAGCCUGCUAGCCGUUUGUAGGUUCACUCACUCAACUAGCUAGAAGAAGAGUGAGAUACUGGAAGACAAAGAAAGACAAUCAGAGUUGGGAAGUGUGGAGAGAGAAAAAAGGGAGCGUGUAUAAACUCAGCCUUUUCUUCAAAUUUUCUGCCUUUUUUUCACCUUUUGAUUUGUACCCUGUUCAUAAAUUUUGUAAGGUUUUAAGAAUUCAAUAAUGUUUUCCUCUCUACUCCAAAAACCCUGUUUACUAGACUACUGAUUUGCUGCUCAUUUCAAGACUGUUUAUUCUUUUUGCUGAGCAGAAAUCACUCAAGAAAGAAAGAGAAUUGAAGAGAGAAAAGCACAAAAUAUUUUUUUUUCAGAAAAAGAUUUGAUUUUUUAAUUGAGUUGCAAGAUGUGGUUCUUGAAUUUGGAUUCAAAUGUUCAACAAAAGUGUGCAAUAAGUUUGAUGGUGUUGUUAAUGGUGUCGUUUUGUAGUGGAGAAACUGAUCCCCGUGAUGUUUUUGCAAUAAAUAGUUUAUAUGCUGCUUUGGGAAGUCCUCCAAUACCUGGGUGGAUUCCGCUUGGAGGAGACCCAUGUACAGAAGCUUGGCAAGGUGUACUUUGUGUAAAUUCAAACAUUACUGGAAUAUCACUUAAUAAUGCUAAUCUGGGAGGAGAGUUGGGCACAAAUUUGGAUGCAUUCUCUGCAAUCAUAUCAAUAAACCUCAGUGGCAAUCACAUUGGAGGUACCAUUCCUGCCAAUUUACCUCCCACUAUGAAGACCUUAUUUCUUUCUGAUAAUCAGUUUACUGGAGGCCUUCCUGACUUGUCUGCAUUAAGUCAGUUGACAGACCUGUCGAUAAACAAGAAUAAUCUGACUGGCGAACUACCUGAUACUUUUCAUCUACUUCAGGGUUUGAUAAACUUGGAUCUCUCUGAAAACAACAUAAGUGGUCCAUUGCCGCCAUCAAUGGGAGAUUUAGCCUCUCUUACAACACUCCGCUUGCAGGAUAAUGAACUCACAGGACUCCUCGAUAUUAUACAAGACCUUCCUUUAAAUGAAUUAAAUAUAGAGAAUAAUCAAUUCUCUGGCCCUAUACCUCCUAGACUGCUGACUCUUCCAAAUUUCAGAAGCACCGGAAACCCUUUCAAUACUACUGUUCUUUCAUCGCCUCCAGCAGCGUCUCCAACGUUAGCACCAUUAACAAAUUCAUCUUUACCUGGAAAGCCGCCUUCCCGAGAAACGCACAAGCAGCCGGAGGAUAACCCAUCAGCUCCUGAAACCUCAAAUCCCUCAAAGUCGACAAAGUACGUGAAGACUAUAGUUAGUGCUGCUGUUGUUGGGCUUAUACUUGUAGCUAUUGUGCUGGGGAUGUGGUUUUGUGUUGCAAAAUGGUGCAAGAGAAGGCAAGCAGGUGAUAAAUGUACCAAGACAAAUGUUAAACUUUCAUAUGAAGGGAAAGGAGAAAAGCCAAAAUACAAUGAUUCCCUACCUCAAACGCAUACUAAAGCUGCAAUCAAGGUGACAUCUUCAAAAACCCCGGAAGUAAGCAAUGGAAGUCAUAAACAGGUGAAAAAUGUAAAAGAUGAUGCUCCAGUUGCCAUGAGUAAGGAUUCUCAUUUUAUAGACAUGACAGCGACUACUGUCAGUUCUAUGUCAACACAACCAGCACCACCUCCUCGGCACUAUUCCAACGAGAACAUUACUCUGAAACCAAUAAUGCCGAUAGUUGUGACUAAAACACCAAAGUCAACCUUUCCAAGCUCUGUGAAGUCUUUCACUAUUGCUUCACUCCAACAGUAUACUAAUAGCUUUUCUCAAGAGAAUCUUAUUGGUGAAGGCAUGAUAAGCAGUGUUUAUAGAGCUGAACUUCCUGAUGGAACGCUUGUUGCAGUGAAGAAAUUCAACGAUGCCGUUUCAAGACAGCACAGUGAAGAAGAAUUUGCUCAGCUUGUUUCUUUCAUCUCUAAUAUUCAACAUGAAAAUGUUGUCAGGCUUGUUGGGUACUGUGCCGAGUAUGGGCAAAGGCUGGUCAUAUAUGGAUACUGCGACAAUACUACGUUGUAUGAUGCACUGCAUCUUGAUGAUGAGAGUCAUAAAAAACUUUCAUGGAAUGCACGUAUUAGAAUCGCACUCGGAGCUGCAAAAGCCCUUGAGUACUUGCAUGAGAUCUGUCAACCCCCUGUUGUACAUAAGAAUUUCAAAUCAGCAAAUAUUCUCCUUGAUGAUGAGUUUGAGCCUCUAAUCUCAGAAUGCGGUUUAGCAUCUAUGCUAUCAGAUACUUACACAGCUCAGGUUUCAGGUGGGUAUGGUGCACCAGAACUCGAGUUAGGAACAUAUACUCAGCAAAGUGAUGUUUUCAGUUUUGGGAUAGUCAUGCUAGAACUUCUUACUGGGAGGAAAGCCUAUGACAGUACACGACCCCGAGGAGAGCAAUUCCUCGUAAGGUGGGCAAUCACUCAGCUUCAUGACAUCGAUGCGUUGUCAAAGAUGGUAGAUCCUAGACUUGGUGGAUCGUAUCCAUCUAAAUCGUUAUCCCGUUUUGCAGAUAUCAUUUCCCUAUGUGUUCAGGCUGAGCCAGAAUUCAGGCCACCCAUGUCUGAAAUCGUGCAGGAUCUAUUAAACAUGGUUUAAAGAAAAUCUUGAUCUUGAGAUCCCAUAUGGCGAUUUCAUGUCAGAAGCCUCGUUGGUCAAGGAAAGGCUUGUGAAUUGGGUAGUAGGGUAUGGCUUCAUAGAAAUGAAAAGUUUUAAGCUUACCAAGUGAGCUAGCAAUGUAAGAUAAGCUAACAUGAGGUUGUUAUUAGUAGUACCUGGGGCUUCUAUGUAGAUUAUAACUGGAAAUUUUUUCAUCCAAAUUUCCUGGGACGCCCUAUAGAACUUUAUUUCUUAAUAGUUGAGAGCUAGUUUUACUUGUGCUUGCUCAUUACACUGAUGGGUAAUUUAUGGUGUAUGUUGUAUUAUUAGGCUAUGGUCGCUGCUUUUUUUAAGUGGAGUGGUGUGUAAUAUUAUGCCAUUUGAACUUUUGAUUAUAUUAAUUAUUGGACUGUAAAUGUUAAAUUAUGCA